AAGGCGGAGGAUGCUUCGAAAUUUGCGCAGUUUGCGUGCGGUUUUCGGAGCUAAAGGACGCAGCAGCGAAAGCAGCAGCAGCCACAGCAUUAGGAGCCGUAGCGACGGGAAACCAGCCUCCGAAUAUUCGGAUUCAGCGACUCGAAAGGCCCCCCUUUAGCCUGUGAGUCCUUAAGACGUGUAGUCCAGUGCAGUGCUAGAACAAUUAAAACACUACGGUGACUUGAAUGAAAACCAUUGAAAAUUCAUGAACGAGUGCCGUGAAAGACUGGAGGCCAAAAGUCAGCCGGAAAACUGAAAAGUUAUUUUCAAAAAUAAAUAGAAAGGAUAUAGUGAAGCUGUGAAAGGCUCUGCAAGGACCCUUGGAUUACCUUGCGGGGCGAGUGGAAGCGCGAGUGCCAAAAACGCCGCCGGACCUGCACGAUAGCCGGGCUGCAAUUUGAGAGAUUGAGAUUGAAAGGCAGAGACCCACUUGAGUGCGCUGGAAACCUGCCGUCUCCGGCAUCUGUUUGUUGCGUUUCGGCGGUGCGACGACGAGCAAGGACAACAAGGACGACGAGUCCUGCGGCAGCGGCAGCCGCAGAAAAUGGCCGCCUCGACAGCGGCAGCCACAGCGCCCGGCCACAAAUGAGUGCAACUUGCCGCGGCUCAGGACGAAGACGCUGCACCAGAGGAUGAUGCUGCCACGCCGAGUUGCCACAACGACAGCAGCACAAUAGCAGCAGCAACAAUGCCAAGUGCCAACCACGCCGAGGAGGGAAAUUAAGUGCCAAAGGCAACCACCGCACAGCGAGCGCGACAAAAAGCGAGAGAUUCUCAUCAAAACCGAAAUUUGCAUAAAAAACAAAAGGAACAAGGACUUGUACCUCCUGGACCUGUAAGAAGGCGGGCUGAAGAAGCAUCGCAGAGACAUGUCGGCGGCACCCUGGUUGCUGCUCCUGCUGGCCACCGCCGGCACCACCCUGGGCGGGCCCCUGCACCACCAGGACCACCAGGGGGGCGCCCCUCCCACUCCGACGGCGGCCAGAGUCACGGUCGCCGGCCAAGCCAACCAAAUGCCAAAAGCCAACGACUUAGCCGAAGUGGCUACACAAGUGCCAACCACGCCAGCACCACUGGGAAGCAAUAGCACCACUGCACCACCGUUAAGUAGAAGUAGCAGCACCACUGAAGCACCUACAGCCGCUCAACCAGUCCCCAAGGAAGCCGUGGAGGAUCUGCAAUGGCUGCACCCACAACCACCGGCGGUGGUGCAGCUGCUGGAGCUGGAGAACACGGAGGCCCCUCCACCGCUGGACAGCGGGCAUGAUGGAAGGAAGCUGACCAAGAAGAAGCAGCUGCAGCAGCAGCACUUUCCCAGCGGCAGCACCACCCCAGAGGACACCACACCAGUGAGCACCACCGCAGCUAGCACCACUCCAGCUAGCACCACUCCAGCUAGCACCACUCCAGCUAGCACCGCUGCAGCAAGCACCGCUGCAGCAAGCACCGCUGCAGCAAGCACCGCUGCAGCAAGCACCACCGCAGCUAGCGCCACCCCAGAUAGCACCACCACGACUAGCACCACAGUGACCACCACCACGGCAACCACCACCAUAGAGACGGAAGUGGAGAGAGUGCCCACAACCACCCCCCUAAAGAUUACUGAGAGCAGCACCACUCCCGAGAUGGAAAAGGAAUUAACCACUGGCGGGGAAGAGGAAGCAAAGAGCAGCAGCACCACCACCAAGCCACCGCCCCCCGCCACGCCCCUGCUGCCGGUGCACAACGGCUAUCUGGGACCCAUUUUCAUGGGCGAGAAGACCUUCAGCGUGGUGCAUCCCCUGAGGAAGCCACAGCCACCAAACCACCAGCACGUGGCCUCCAUCGAGAGCCAGCUGAAGAACGGCCGACUGGUGGAGAUCCUGGCGCCAACAGCUCUGCUGGAGCAGCAGCUGCCGGAGACCACCACGGCGCCAUCCCCACCGCCGGGCCAGACCGCCUCCGUGCUCUCCACCACCGUUUUCCAAGUGCCCGAGCUGCAGACCAGCACCACCCGCCUGCCGGGCACCACAUACGGCGGCGAGCGGACCGAGUCCAAGAUAUCCGACAUCCAGAUCGAGGUCUAUGACUCCACGGUGGACUCCAUAGUGGCCUCCACGAACUUCCGGGACAACGAGGGCUUCUACGCCCCGCCGCCGCAGGAGACAGGGCCGGGAACCACCAAGCCACCCCGGGAAGUGCCACAGGAGCGGUUCACCCAAUACGUGAUCGAUCGGGCGGACGUGUCCACCCAGCCUGCCGGUGGAGGCGCUCCAGGGCUGGGCAAGCCCGAGCCGGCGGCCAUCGAGAUCCACAUCAACGUCUCCGAGGCGUUCGGAAGCGAGAGCGAGGACCUGGAGUUCUCCUACCGGCAGCCCAACGACAAGUCCGGCUCCUCGGCCCUCGGAAAGCCCAGUGGGGACGAGAUCCUGGUGGUGGAGAUCAUAGACAGCGGCUCCGACAACAGCAGCUCCGAGUCGGGAUCCCUGGCCGGCAACUCCGCCUCCGCGGAGCACCUGAAUCCCAUCUUCACGUUCCGCAACUCGGACGCAGCGGCAGCACCACCGCCCCCAGUGCGCCCUCCACAGGACACCACCGCCGACGAGUUGUUCCUGGCCGAUCCCAGGCCACCGCCACCGCCUCCUCCGCCACCACCGAGGAAGCCCAGCAUCGACCGCGACUCGGACACCAUAUUCUACAUCUCAAACACUGAGGUGAAGGUGGGCGAGUCCCUGCCCACGGUGCUGCCCGGAGGCGGCGGAGCGGAUCAGCGCAAGUACCAGCUGGAGAACCAGUUCUUCCCCCUGCAGCAGCCGGCCCGCCCCUCCGAGGAGGACAUCAUCCUCUCGCCCUCGCCCCGCCACAACGCCGACUCCUCCCUGAAGAUCUUCCGCUCCAGCUCGGGCUCCGUGUCCGGCAGCAGUGGCGACGGUGCUCCGCCAUUGGACGUGACCUACGUGGGCGAGUCGGUGAUCGAGGUGGAGCAGCAACAGCCGGUGCCAUCCACGGCGGCGCCACAGCAGCAGGACAUCAUAAUCCAGCCGGCCGUCCUGCCGGACCUGGCCAUCGGGGUGCCGGUGAUCGGGGAGCUGCCGCCCCAGAUCGAGCUCAAGGAGAUCGACUACAUGCCCUCGGACCUGGGCGGGAUGUUCGACGCGGACCUGCACGGGAACAGCAUCGACAGUGAGCCGGACGUGAUCGAGAGCUCCAUCCAGUACGGCGGGGACUUGAUCGACGACGGGGCUGGCGGAGGAUUCGACGGGGUGGAGGGCUCCUAUCCCUUCGAGAGUCCCUCGCACCGCCAGCAGGGACUCAGCCAACUGCCGCACCGCCCCCUGGACAGCCACUUGCAUCGGGAUCAGCUCCAGGUGGCGGAGAUGGUGAAUGCCACCCUCCUGCAGAGUGAGGCUGGAGCUGGAUCGGGAUCGGGAUCUGGUUCAGGAUCGGGCUCGGGCUCUGCUUCGGCCAUGGCUCCUCUCCUCUCCGGCGGCAGGACGAUGAACGCCACAGCUCUCUCCGAUGAGUCCAUGGGCGACUACGAAGGCUUCUUCAAUGUGUUUGCCGUGUCCACGGGCCUCAUCAUCGUCAUCCUGCCCUCGGCCCUGCUGGUGUCCAUGUACUGCGCCAUCAGGUAUGUGCUGAACAACAAGAACUCUUCAACUGGCGGCGCGGGAGGUGCCCAUGGCGACGACAGCGAACAGGGCCAGGACUCCAAGCACGAGGACAUCUCCCGCAACGCCAGGGAGACCAAGAUGCACACCGACAAGGACGGCGUCUUCGUGGUGGAGGUGGCCCGCGGCAUCGACUCCAAGAACCUGCAGCCCGGGGAGGCCAACGCCUCGAGCCUGGAGACCACGGAUCUGCCCUUCGACACCAAGCUGACGGCCAACGGACUGCACCACCUCGACGAGCAGUCGCUGCCCCCCAGCCACGAGCAGGUCCAGAUCCAUGCCCCGCCGCAGGACUUCGCCGGCACCGGACUAGCUCCCCUCCACCUCAUUGAGGAGGCCUCCGAGGAGCAUGCCCAGGAGCCGGAGCUCGACCAAGGGGUCCUCGCCCGCACCGGCCUCUCGCAGUCGGACCUGAGCUCCACCUCUUCCGGGGACUCCAACAAGCGCUACUCCUACGGCAACCAGGAGCUCUACGUCAUCGAACAGCCUGGCUACGCCACCAGCUCUCCCACAGCCAAGCCCAUCCUUGUGACCCCCCAGGAGGCUCCUCCAAUGGAAAAGAACACUGGCGAGGAGGUGAAGGAAGUGAUGAAGCCAGAGCCUGAGGCCACCGAAAACCAAGAGGUUCCCGCUCCAAAGAAACCAGCUCCCGCUGAGGAGCAACCUCCGGCUGAAAAGAAGGAAGAGCCGGAAGCUCCAGAGGAAAAGAAGGAAGAGACUCCCCCACAGAGCGAAGAUCAGCCAGAGCCGGAGAAGGAUGCUGAAAUCAAAGAAACAGAGCCAGAAUCAAAGCCCGAAGUGAAAGAUCCAGAAGUGGAGGAAUCGAAGCCGGAGGAUGCCAAACCGGAGGAAACCAAGCCGGAAGAAACCCAAACCCUCGCAGAAAAUGAAAACGAAGCCGAGGCCAACUACGACAGCCUGAUGAGCCUGCCGGCCCCUCCAUCCACCGAGGAGAUCAAGGAGCUGGGCGACUACGCCACCACCGCCCUCCUGGAGUCCAGCCAGAUGGACUCCCUGCCACCGCCACCACCGCCGGCAAUGCAGGAGCAGCCGGAGAUCAUCGUGGCCAAUGGAAACGGCAUUGGCAACGGCAAGGACCUCGACCUGGACGCCGGCGAACCCACCACCCUGACGCCGCCCGCCUCCCCGCCGGCAUCGCCACCACCACCCAGCACCACCGGAUGCGGGGGCCUGGCCAACGGAAUCCACGCCAUUCCCACGGCGGUGGAUGUGAACGGAAGUUAAGACGGAUCCGGAUGCGGAUUUGGGUAAGCAAGGCAUUUUUUUUCGCACUCGGCGGUUAGAUCUCCAAGAGAUCUAGGUCUAGAUUCUAGAAAGUAAGGAUUACUAGGAGCACUGACGCCCCAUAGGUUGGGCGGGAAACCCCGGAAAGCUCGGAGAACUGCUCCCGAAAACCGUAAAUUAAUACGAAAAUAGAGAGACAACUUUUUCCACUUACUGUUUGUUGAUUUUCAAAUAUAAUAGAAUAAUAGCAAUUAAAUGCGAUUAAUAUAAAAACGUGAAUAAAUCAUAAUUAAUUGUUUGUCUAUUUGCGGCCGGACGCCCCUCUCCCUCGCCAAGACCCGCCAAAAACCACCAACCACCCACCACCACCACCCACUCCAGAAGAAGCAGAACGACACAGACAAAAGAUAACCCGGGGGAGGGGCCGGCCGACUAACGAGUAUUUCAAUGUCUAUAACUACAGUACACAAAACUAUAUAGCAUAAGCCCGCAACCGAAACGAUAACGAUAUGCCAGAUAUAUCCGAUUCGCCAAACAAACAGAAUAGAACAGGAUAGAUAGGAGGCAGGAAAGUAUCUGCAGAUGUGCACUGGCGCAUAAUUAAUUAGGCUAAUUAUUUAAACACGGAACACAGAACACAACUCUAAUGUCAAACCAACACGAACCACAGAAAAUGGGUUAAUUGCAGCGAAAUAAUUUCGGUUCGAUUGGCAUGUUCGAGGAGGGAGCCUGGCAAUUGCACGGGAGAGGGUAUGUGUGGGGAGGCCUGGGCUGUUACUCAGCCCGAGCCUGAGUUGGUUUCAAAAGGAUCACAUUUCGAAUUCAAAGCUACAAAAUACACCAUAUACUUAGUCCUUCCGGAGGAUUACCCCUAGGUUAUAGCAUAAUAGGGUUAUAUGACGCAUACGCAGUGUGGUAGGGCUUCCCAUGGUGACCCCGAACUGGCCACUGACAGAAGAAGAGCUAUUGUAGGGGCCCUGAGAGCCCCGAGAGUGGAAGGGAGGGGGACUACCAACAGGAUUCUAAGACAGGACACCUCAGGAUGCUACCUUCAGAUGGUGACCCCGACUAGGAAGCAUCUCACACGCUACGCCUACGUCACACAACCCAUGUCCGCAACAUCUGCACUGAGAACAAAUGUAGGAUCUCGAAGAUUGUUUGAAAAAGUAUUCAUGUAUCGCAAACUACACACAUAGAAAACUCACUGGACAAAACCAAAUCAAAUGUGCCGAACUUUUGUAGCAAGCCAAAAAGCACAAUUUACAAAGAGAAACGAACAAUUUAUAUGUACUACACACAUUUUAAAGGAUAAACUAGCUAUAGACGAUAGUCGGGAUGUAUAUGAAUAUAUAUAUAUGUGUAUCGAUGUGUAUGUGUAUGUUUUUUUCGAGAGCAUGUACGAGGUAGGUAGGAGAGUAGCGUUCACUUUUCCGAUACUUAUCGAUAGGCCUAACGAUGCAUCCCAUGCAUUACGUGUAUUUCCGGUUCGUGCAGUAGUUCCGACUCGCAAUACCCGCACACAGCCAGACAUACAUACAUAUAUAUGCCAUAUAUAGACGCGAUCGGUGAAUUAUAGAGUCUUUGAAGUCUUAGAAGUGAAGCCAAAGUAAAACCACAGCCGUACACUGCAAGUGGCGCGUAUUUGUAAGUAGUAGGAAUUAUCUAUGCCCGUUUAUAUAUGCAUAUGAGAAUAUAUAUAGGUGGAAUAUAAUCCCUGACUAACGAUUUAACCACUUUUGUUGUUUACGUUUGUUCGAAUUGUUUUAUUGACAAUUUCUCCCAGAAGCAAGGAAACAAAGCGAAUCCGAGAAAAUAUUAUGAAUAUUAUGAUAAUAUUAAAUAAAUAAACUUAACCUACUCGUAAAUCAAAUAUUAAAGUUAGGCCAAGCGUUUAGAACUUUUUUUUUGGGUCGAAAGCAAAACAAAACGAAAACGAAUGGAAAUAAAAAAGAAAUAAGUAAAUGUGAUUGUUAUUUAAACUUAAGUUAUUAUUAAUACUUAAAACUUUAACUGAUAUGUGUGUGCGUGGGUGUGCGUUUACGAAAUUCAAAAUAAAUACAAAAUAAAAAACAAAAAAAAGCCAAAAAACGAAGCAAAUCGAAGAGCUAGAGAAAGAGAAAGAAAUUUGAAAGAAAACUCUAACGAAAAGUCAAGAUGGCAAUGGAACGCUCAACAGUAAUGGCAGGCGAUUUAUGAUAAACGAUUAACGAUAACGAUUAACGAUAGCUGGCAACUAUGUGAGGUAGAAAAGUUAGCAAGCCCGGCUAGUUUGGGGACUAACCCGCAAAUAAAUGAAAUUCAAUAUUAAGAACGAUUGCAACCGAAACCAAGAAGAGAAAUACACACAGAAGCAAAGUCAA